AAAUGGGUACCCUCCAUUUGCUAUUGUUUAUGCUUUUAGUGUUUUUUUCUUUCGCACAAUCAGAUAUACAGUAAUCGGAUAGAACUUAGACAUCAGUCUUGUCAUCUGGUCGUAAUGGAAAUAAUUUUGAUCUUUCGCGAAAUUUAUCAAAAAUAGGUAAAAUUCAAAACUCCUGUCUCAUAUAAAAUAGCAGUAUCCAAUAAUCUAAUCUUUUAUUUAGAAAAAAAAGGCAAUAAGCUGGAAAGCAUUACUCAGGAAGAUUUCCAUGAGAACUUCUUUAAAAAAGACUGAUCGUCUCCUUGGUGGAGGUGUAACAACGCGGAAAAGAAAAGAGCGAUUCACUGACGCAUCACAGCUAAUGCUCAUCUAAAGCUUAUUGUAAGAAGACCACAGAGACCAUCACGUUUUUCCUUUGAAACGACAAGGGUUAUCAUCAUGACCAUGCAAAGCACCAACGCAACGACAAGCGUUAAGAACGGUUCCAUCAGGGUGACAUUCCUCUAUAUCAUGAUCGUCUACUUGGUAUUCGGCAUCAUCGGUAACCUUGUGGUCAUCAGGGUAUUCUCACGAUCAUUCCUUCGACGCCGAUCGAUGGUUCCAUUCUACACCAACAUAAGCGCAUCCUGCCUAAUGCUCACCCUUCUUAGCUACACCGUCCCGCUAAUAAGCAUGAACGCUACCCAGAAAACCCUAGGGGAAGUGCCAUUGUUCUGUUACUGGUCAGCGUUGUUUGAAACUUUAGGAUGUGUGGUCAUUAGUCUGACAUGCGGACUAAUGAUGAUCAGCUAUUACUUGAACUUUUUCCUGGAUGUCCGGAAGCCCAAGCGAAUGAUGAUCACGCGCGUGGGGCUUGCAGCUGUAUGGCUGGUUAGCGCAUGCGUGGCGAUUGGACCGCUGGUUGGCUGGAGUUCGUAUGUGGAAUCAUCACACCAAUUGACGUGCCACAUGGAUUGGACUCGGAAAAGCACGCCAUCAUUCGCCUACUCGGUCAAUCUCAUAUGCGCAUUGAUUUACCUCCCUGGCAUAAUUUGCAUCUCGAUCUUCGCAUAUACUCGAAGGCGCAUUAAUACUAUGACAGACUUGAACCAGGCCAGGGCCCUCCGGUCCAAACACCGAAUGAUGCCUGUGCUGUGCCUCGGCUUCUUUAUCUGCAUCAUUCCUUACUCGACACUGGCACUCGCGUCUACUGUUAUUGCCGAGGUCUUUAUGUCACCGGGAAGCGUCUUGAUGCUGGAGCUUAUUUCUAAGAUUCACGUCGUCUUCCCGCCAGUGAUCCACCAUGUACUUUGCUCUAGUUAUAGGUAUGGCUUGACCAUGUUGUUCUCAAAUGAACAGGUAAAUGUAAAUACGAACAGCAUGACCAAUAGCGAUAGGCAAAGGACUGGGCCUGUAAGCCUCACCAAGCGUGCCAAUAGGGCUGUCGCUCCCGCCGGGAUGGCUAGCCAGAACGCGAGGCAACCCUAGGGAGACCCUACACGUCAUAAGAGCUGUAGCAGGACACAAAUACGAGGGAUUGGGGCAACACCCUUCUUUUUUUUUUUUUUUGGCCUGCAGCAGCCUUUCAUGCCAACAUGCCUUUCAAUGCCUUCACAAAAAAGUGAGAUCUCCUAGUGAGGACAUAAUCUGUACUGCGUAUAAACUGGACUAUAUGGUCCAGAGUCGUAGCCAGGAUUUUGAUCAGGGUUUCGCCAUUAAGCAGGCCAUUUUCUCCUGCAAAUUUCAAACGCAGUCAUCCACACCCCUCUGACAACGGGCCUGUGGUCCUGACAAAAAUACGCUUCACAUAAAUAAGAUGAAAGGAAGACUGGUCGAUUUCGCGUUGGCUUUGCCUAGAGAAAAUCUUAACAAUAACUUUAACAUCUAAUUACGUUGUAUAGCUUUUUGUGAGUGUCAAGUGUGAUAGUCGUUGUAUAGAUAGCAUAGCUGUUACAGUUUAUACGACUAUCGAUAAGUGCUAAUAGGUUAUGUGACAAGCAAUCAUAAGACAUUGACACUCUAAAGGCUUUGUAAAGCAGGCUAUAGGAACAUUUUCAAUGUGAUAAUCGUAGUAGAUACAAGCUCUGUUAUAGCUUAUACGACAUUCGAUAAGUGCUAAUUGGUAAUGUGACAGGUGUACGAGUUCGCCUCUUUACUAUGGAGUCACAGAUGGAAAGCGAACCUUCUAAUGCCUAUUUACUACGUGGACCUUUGAAGAGAUGUAUGACUCCGCCAAUAGACAGCUCUUUAACACAAUAAAAGUGUUUAGUCUCAAGGUUAACACAAUAAAAAGUAUGGAUCAACAA